GCAAAAAAUGAAAAUCUAUAAAAGUGUAAUAAACUUGAAUUUAGCAUUUUGGUCUUAUUACACUUGUUUUUCAAUGUAUUUUCUUAGUAAGACUGAAUAUUGUUUAGAUUAUUUGACUUGUUUCAAGAAAAUUCAUCUUUUUCAUCCUACCUAGAUAAUAAAACUAAUUCUGAGCAGCUUUUUUCUUAAAAUAGCACACAUUACGGACUGAGUCGCGUUAACAUUUAGACUGUGAGUACAUUUUUACUUGUUUCAAGACAAUCCAUAUUAACCUAUUUUAAGAACUGACCCAUCUCAUUAAGAUAUUCCAGCUAAUCAACUGUGAUUGCAUUCAAAUUGAUAGGGUCAUUGAGAUUGUCAUUCAUGAUUUAGCUUUGAGAUUCUGAACCUCACCGGUGGCCCGUUCACGUUGCAGAACAAAGUAAACUACAAUACAUCAUAACUACAGUACAUCAUACAUAUAAGCUUAUUAUAAUAGAAGCUCUGCCUUAAGGAUUAACAUACAGUAAAUAAAGCAAACUAUUUCUUCUGUGCUGAUUCACUCAUUUAUUUUAAUACAUCAUACCUUCUCAUACAACAAAACGUCAGUUAGGUCAUAUUUUCUCAAAACAUAUGUUUUACUAUUGAAUGGUACAGGGUGGUAUGCAGUGUAAUCAGGUAGUUUUUCUAAAUCUAUAAACUCUGUUGCCUGUGCAGCAUUUGGCACAGCAAUUUCAUAUGAUUGUAAAUCUGUAUCCCAUUUCAAUGUGUCAAACACUUGAUAUUCACAGCAAAAUAAAGAUGAAUCAAUAACAUAAAUAUUACUUAUUAGUCCAAAAAUAGGGAGCCCAUCAUUUGAGUCUGUGAUUAUUAAAGUCUUUCCACUAAUGUACUUGUUGCCAUUAAGAGACAUCCAUUUCACAGAGAUUACAUGAUGGAAACUGUCAAUAUUCAAAAAAUCUCUAAUCUUUGAACCGACAUAUGCCUCUGAGGCCUCUGAUACCGCUGAUGUGGGGCCUAAUUCUUUUUCAUGAGCAAAUAUAUUGUUUGUUUGAUAGGUACUUUCGACAAUUUUGCUAUGAUUUACAAGAGAUUUGCAGACAUUUUUAUAAUUUAAUUUAGAGGACCACUGUUUAAAAAAACAAUGCUUAGACUCAAACCUCAUGCACAUGUGUCUAGUCAAAGGACCCAGUGCUUCAAUUUGUGAGGGUAAAUGUAGCAUAUAAUGUUGCUUAGGGGUUAUGUUGUUGUCUGGGAAAAGUUGCCUAAAUUGUUUCAGAUGCUGCUCUAUCAAUACUCUCAGUUUUUGUAAGGUUUCCGUCAUCACAAUAGGAGCAAAAAGAAUGUGAGUUAUUUGAAUUAAUUCGAUGAUAAACUGUACAUAGACAUUGUCCUUGAUGCUAUUCAUAAUAAAAGGGAAUAUCUUCAGAAAUAUCAGCAUCUGUCCAGAAGACUGUUUUAGUUUGUUAUCAUCAGAAGCCAUUGUACUCACACUGAUUGGACAUGGCUUGUCUUUUAUAUCCCUGUUUGAAUAUGGAAAACCUUGUAUAACUGAAUUUAUAGAGUCUAGAUCAAUAUGCCCUGACAAAAUAAUGUGCUUUAAUGCACAUUUUAUUUCCUGUUGCACAACACCCUCAAGCAUGAUGUGCAUUAUAUCUUGAGGGGUUUGUUGAAUGAGAUCAUAGCCUGGAAAAUCUAAAAGUUUACUCCUUCUUUUUAUACCAUAGGUAGUCAUGAGGGCAUUUUUAAGAGAGUCUGUACUGGCCCUCUCUAUUUCUCUGCACUGCCUGAUGUGACUUUGUAAUGUUCUUGGGGUAAAACUAUUUUCAUCAAAUUGGUUUUGCAUUGUCUCAAAGUCACACUCACAAUGCCUACACUUACUGAAAGCAAACCCAACUCCAGAUUUAAACCCGGCCAGGUCAUGCUGAGCAGGGGUAUCACCACAUAUUGAUAUUACUGCACCAUAUAAUAUAGUCUCACUAUUUCCAACUUCAAUGUUGACACCAUUGUACAGUUCCUUCAAAUCCUGUUCAAUUCUUGUUAAUAUAACAUCAGCACCAGCCUCUGAGAUAUCCUCAGCUUUUGCAAUGGCAAGACGUCUUAUGGCUGCAAGCUUAGACCUAAACUUGGGGUUUAUGUUUCCUACAGUAUAAUAAAACAUGAGUAACUUGUUCUUUGAGGCAUGGGGUCCAAGAGGGUUGCAAAUCUCUAUUUCAUCGGAAUACAAAAUUAACUGUAAAGCAGUUGGCUUAACAGAAAACAAUGGAUGAGUUCUGAAAAGGCUGCCAUUCACAAUGUCACGGAGAUAUCCAUUUUUGUUACAAUUUUCUGGUGGAUUACUGACCAUGCUAAAAAUUCUAGGGUUGGAUAGCAGUUGCUGUAGACUCUUGAUGAGAGGAACAUAGAAAAAAACUUUGUUUCUAAUGGUAAGAACCCUUGAAGAGCCUCGCUUAACUCUACACAGUGUUUGUGAAAUUAUAACCUCCUCUGGUUCCACUGGUUUAAAUAGUUCCUCAAUGGUUUGGUCCUGCAUGUAAGUUGUAGUCAAGUUGGAAAAUGGAUCUGGAAAACCCUCAAACGUUGCCAAAAUCUCAUUUCGGAGCUGGUCAAUGCUGACUGAAGGGUCAUGUCUAUCAAAGACAUCCAUCACUCUGUCCUGCAAGGUUCCUACAACAGCCAUUUGUAACUGCUGGGUUUUCCCUAUAAUCCUGUUGGUAUUACCCUGUAGUGAGAAGAGGCAGAAAAGCACACUAUUAUGGCAUUACAAAGACUAUGAAUGACAGGAUAUGGGUGAAAACAUAAAAUGUGUCACUCAGAAGAAUUUUAUGUAGUAUUCACAUCUUUUAUUGCAAAUACAAUUUAAGUAAAAAUGUGAUCUGUCCUCAGUGAAACCCAUAAAAUCACAAAAAAGCAUAUCCUACCCGAGAAAGACAGCAAGUUUCACGAACAUCCACGGUAAAGGCGGCUGCAUGUCUGGACAAUUCCUGUUAAAGUAGCAGAUUCAGCUUGUUAAAUGACUGUUGUCAAAGUUGUUUUUGCCAGUGCCACUUGCAUUACAGACAAUGAUGCAUUCUGGGUUUGCUCAAAUUCACAACUAAGUUUACACCGGUGUAUGGGUUAUGCAAGUGGUUCCCAAAAAUGUUCUAGGACCUAAGAAUGGGUUACGCAGUCCACAUAAUUGGCCAUUACAGUAGGCCCUAUCAUAAUUGACACAAUGCCAUCAGGACUCACCUGCCCUUCUCACAUGACCUACCCCAGUAACAUAUUUAGACUAUUAUGUCAAGACAUAAACAUUCCUAGGUGAAUGCUUUGAGCACAUCUCAUUGGGCCUAAGAAAAAAAAGAAGUUUGGUUACGGUUGGUUGUCAGGUUAGGUCAUGGGUCGGUAGGGUAUUUAUUAAUUUAUUCAUCUAUUUAUUUAUUUAUACGCUGAUUUUUUUUGUAACUGUAGCAUAACUUACUUAUAACAACUAUACAUCUCGUCUACUUCUCGAUCGUGUGUGUACCAACUCGCAGACAGCGUGCGUGCGGCAGAUACACAAAACAUAUCAAAGGAGGGGAGGGGCUUUCCACGUUACUUGACUUGUGGAUCAGAGCAGAGGGGAAAUAUUCUAGUGUAAAUGAAAGAGUAAAGGAAAACCUCGGCAAAAACAUUUCCCUUCUAUCCUACUGACUGAAUGGAAGCCUUCUUCCAACAUGACGAAACGAUAAUAAUGUUCAUUAAAAAUCGCGAAUACUCAUAAUGUUGUCUAUUGCAUUUCGAGUCGGGUGGUCAUCUGUAGGCUACUGUGUGUGUCGGUGUCGGUGCAGAUGUAGGCUGUGGCCAACAAUGACAAAGUUAUCAUUUGACAGGCCUUUUCAGGGAGAGGUUCGCUAUGUAAGAAGAACCUACAUCGUAUUAGUUUGCAAGACUGCUGCGAGGCAAGUUGGUUUAAAAAGAAAGAGCUACAACGCUAACUUCCAUGUUGUAGCAUAAUAUGGUGAGAAAAUAGGUGCAUCUACAGAAUAGGUGCGUAACUCUGCGGUGACAUAGUUGGGCUUUCCUAAUAUUCUACGCGGAGAUGGAGACCCUGGCGUGUGUGUGUAUUGCCCGAUGCGAUAGUCUACGAUGCAAACUCAACCGGAACCAACAAUUUUUUUUCUAGGCCUUAGCUAUCCACACCAAUUGAUUUGCAUUCAUUCAUUACAAAUGGUUGAAGAAAUUCGAUCAAUGUUUGUAUGCCUACCUUUUCCUUGUUAGAUUGCAGUUGUUCAAUCCCCCCGCUCUCCUGGCAAGCGUCAUCUUCUCUAAAGUCAACCUGCGUUGUGUUCUGCCUCAUAUUGGUAGUUGGAGUAGAAUCUUGAACUUGGUGGGUAGCUGGAGUGAUACAGUUGGAAAAAAUAGGUAGGCCCAUGUCGAAUCGUUCACCCCCAUGGCACCUUGAGCUAACUGGAAUCAAGUCCCUGGGCGGACGACCAUUGGCGAGGUACGCUGCAUGCCUACGCUUGAUGUGAUAAUAGAAUGAAUUGAAUACCCGGUAUUCUUCUUUGCACCCAUCGAUUCCACAAAUCACACGGAAGUUUCGACUACGUCCAUGCACCGUGUUAAUGUGGCUUAAAAACACUUUUAAAGUCAGUGCAAUAAAUGCAAAGCAAAUCACACAUCGCCAACCAGCCAUCCUCACAAAGUGUUCCUAACUAUGCAUUGAUUGAUUGAGAUCCCGCGUUUUCGCUUUCCCGCUUUCUCGCGAUGGACAAUUCCAUACAAAACCGGGGGGUUGGGGUGACUGACCUAAUGUGAAUUGUGUGAUUGCACCCAGCCUCUUUUACCCAAAUAGUAAAUUUCUUUUUCAAAACUGGAGACGAAACUUUUAUUGACUGCUAUAGUUGACUACUUCAUAACUCUUCGAUUUUAUUCCACAAUUCCAUGCACUCCCAAUUCGGGCUGACUUGGAUUCGCCUAACGACUUCUCCGUUUAAAAAUAUAUGCGCGUUCUUUUUACCCUGGCUGCUGCUGCUGCAAGGACGUGAGAAGAGGAGAUAUCAGAAGAUACAGAUACGCUAUCAGGUGUGUAUGAAACUUUCAGACCAUAGAGGGUUGGAGAUUAUUUCAGUCAAAGAUCAUUUGAGUACAUUUUUAAAGGAGUCGAGGUUCCGGUAAAUUAAAAAAAUAAACCUAUUGGAAAAGGGGGCCAAAGCUUCGUGCACCUUGCACAAUCUCCAGAUGGCUAAUGCUAACUAUGAUACCUUUGGUGCAGUUUGCCUUAUGUAGUAACCUCGCAUGAUAUGUAGUAACCUCGCAUGAUAUAUUUUACUCUGCUAAUUAUAUGUUAUACAUUCACCCGCUGUCUUUUGUUGGCAAUGGUUGGCAUGAAUGACAUCGUCAAUCCCCAAGUAUAAGGUUUCCCUUUAGUCUGCAUGUUAACACGUGGGGGACGCAUGAGCAUAGCGACAUCGUCCUCGCAUUGGCCAUUUUUGGUCUCAAACAUGCUGUUGAUUACUUUGACUAAUGCGGCUAUACUCCGCCGUAAAUAAUGUGAAGUGUUAAUGAUUAUACUUUACCUAAAAAAUUCUGCCUGGUUUUAAAGGCUGGCUCUGCACGAUUUUCUGUCUAAUGUAUAGCUUGUUUUGACAGUAUUUUGUUUUUAUUCACAGUUAACGAGUGAGUUGUUUCCAGCUGCUUUGCUCACAACGGGCAUAUGGACGGCAAUAUGGAUAAGUUAGACCGUGUGGCCAAAGACAUCUUAACAGCUGCCAAUGUCGAUAUGGAGGCACUGAAGAUGCUUUCGAGAGAAGAGCUUCGCGACCUCUUCCCAGGGCCUGACCAUUUUUUGCGAAGAAAAUCUAUAUGGGAUCUGUGUCACCCUGUGGAGAAGGCCUCAUGCAGCUCUUCUGCCGCCUCCAUUGAGGUCAGCAACGGAACAGAGUGUGCGGCCACUGGAACCAGUAGUGGGGGAAGUGACAGCAAAGAGGAGGAGAAGAGUUGGGGGACUACAUACAGAACACUUACACUGCCAAGCCCCCAAUACGUGAUAUACACUGAUAGUGAAUUGGAGAAUGUGAAAUCUUACUUUUUUCAAUUGAAAAGAUUUGGUAGAGCAGGAGAGUGUGAGCUGUCCAAAGAGCUAACAUGUAGACUGAUCCGGAAUACAAUUACCAACAUGGUGUCAGCGGUGAGGGCAUUGCACUGUGAAGAGAAGCAGUAUCCAUCGAAGGAGGACCUCGUAGCCAUGGCCAAACGCCUGGUGAUCUACUAUCCCAUGCUCUCUGAUAAGCUCGACAUACAGCGUCCAUGGAUUGAAGUCUACAAACGACUGCAAAAGAGAAUCCACAAUGUUCGAUCACCGAAGAAAAGCCAGGGUGGCACUCCUGCAAGGGGGGAGAGAAAACGAAAACUGAAAUAUACGGAUGCCGAUGACACUGAUGAUUCCACCACAUCUACCAUUCUCUAUACGGCAAGCCCCAGCAGCACCCCUAGCACCCCUGAGGUCCACACUCCGCCCUCCACUCUCCCUGAGGUCCACACCCCAUCAACAGGCACUCCAGUGAAAUAUGCAGCUGUUGGACACGACAGUAGGAUGUCUCAGGCUAGGCACUACAGACAUCUCCAAGAGAUGUGCCGGAAGAAUAAGCAAAACCAAGACGAUGUCUCACAGCUCCUUGAACUUGAAUUUGAGGGAAGAAGGCAGUUCAUCGAUUCGGAGACCCUCAAGGAAGCCGACAGACCUGGCAAAAUCCUUGAGGCCUACUCGUGCUUCAAGAACAUAGACCAUGUUCUUGAGGAGCUGAGACGAAUAGUGGCGAAGGACAACGUGCAUUAUGUGAAAGAGCUGAAGGAGCGCUGGGCAGACUACAGAACCAAACUCUCCUUUUAUGGUGUCUAUAAGAAGGUCCUGAAGCCACCGAUGGGACUACCUGCUGCCAUUGACCUGAUCAUCUCCCUGCCAGAUAUGUUCCCUUCUGGUUACCCCGCACCAAAGAAGUUGUCAUCUCCAUCAGAGGCACUCAUUCAUGUUCUGCGGCCCACAGAGGCCCCAGAAAUGUAUCUGAGAAGACGGCCACUAGCCACACCGUUCAUCCUGGUAGGAGAGGAGGACUGCUUCCUCUGCGCCGGAAAUGCCCCUGUUGUGUCCUUUGAUAGGAGCAGUCUUGCUGAGUCGGUCCUGUACGUCAUGGCGUACUACUACGCAUUUCGCAUGACGUAUCCAAAAUGUGUGUCAUCGGUUCUGUUAUUCCUUCAGACCGAGGUCUUGGGUGAUGCAAUUCAUGAGAAAGACCAAACAGCAGCUUUUAAACGUGCCAAAGCUGACUGGCAGGCCUUUCUUAGGUAGGGUGUAUGAGAGAUGCACGCUCAGGUUCAUGGUUUGAAUAGUUCAGGUUGCUCAGGUUCAUUGUUUGAAUAGGCCCUGUCUCGAUCAUAUCUUCAUUGUUAGGCCUGCCAGUCAGCUUUGGCACGUGG